ACCUGCCACAAUGAGCAUCGCCUCGCGCGGACCCCGUGCGGCCUACUCAUCGGCCAGUCGUAGCGCGUGCGUUUGAGAUAGACCUCCAUUAUAACCCCUGAUGACUCCCACCCCCCAAGGUGCUGCUUCCUGCCUCUCCGUAUCGUUCCUCCAUUCCCGAGUGAGCCUACCGUGCGCAUUGCCGCUCACCCUUGGAUCCAUGACUGGAGCCCAGCCGGGUCUCUUUAUGACUCAGACCAACGCCCUAUAACUAACCCAUUUGUUUAUUGUUUAUCGGAGACUUUUGGUUCGCGGGGCGUCUCAGUAUUCGGUCUUUUGUCCACCGCUUUGCCUCAAAUCCGGGCUUUAUAUUCUGAGGCCACCGCCACCGGUUCUCCGGUAGCGUUCUACUUCGACUACUCUGAAACAACUCCCCCACCUGCCUUCAGCAACGGUUCAUAAUGUCUGACUCUUUGCUCGAUAUCCGCCGCGCUGGGAUGGAUGCCAAACGGGCCCACGACCACAAGGCCAAGUGGGCGUACGGCAGCCGAUGUGCUCACUGUCGUCAUCCGGAUGUGACUUGCACCCUGCCCAUGUCUCGGCCGGUGAUGCCCGUCACCCACUAUACGACGUUGACACGGGCGAUGCGCUUCAGCCGCAAGGCCAAGACCAACCAGCAUACGAGCGAUGCAAAGAUCUCCCUGCGUGCUGAUGUGCGGGAGGCUCUCGACAGCGGAUCGUCGGAUUCAUCCAGCGACGAUGUCGAUGACCCUACGGCGGCACAGGUCAUCGAUGAUUCCGACAGCAAGGAAGAUGAGCUGCGAGAUUAUGAAGCAUCUGGACAGACCAUACUCUCUGCUGCAGUGAGCAAGGCGCUGGAGAAGUUCGAGACCAAGGAGACGGAGAGGAUCGUCAAGGAGUACGAGAUCAUCUCGUACGAGGGCGAAACCGCCCUGGGCUAUCUGGCCGACGACGACGACUUUGAGCUGGUCGAUCGCAUCCAGCUCUGACCUGUCGUUUGCAUCUGUAUUGUCUGGCGUCGAUCUUUACUACCCACGGUCCUUGGCAGGAGUUGGUGAUGAUUAUUGGUUUUGCGUUCUGUUGUAUAUCACUUCUGUUAUCAGUUAUCUGUCAGUCAUUCUUUUGGUAUAGCGAUGCGAUGCAGGCUUGUUAUUUUUCUGUCAGCGUUAAUAUGUCAUAACUGAUCAUUAUCUAGUAUUGUUAGAGUGCGUCUUAUCCAGCAAUGGAAUUUUGAG